CUCGCUCCGCCGGCUGGAGGCGGGCGGCCCCGAGGAGGCGCCUUCCGUGCAGGCAUGGCCGUCCCGCCCCGGUGGUAUUUCAAGCGCAAGACACAGCUGCAGUGGCUGACGGCUGCACUGGCAGGCUACAUCCUCCUGACAGCGUUUCUCGUGCGAACGCGGCAGGCAACGGUCGCGCCGGCACACAGCGCGUCCGCCGCUCUCUGCCGACCUGAAAUGGAGGUGAAUGUGCUGCCGCCGAUGUCAGACGACAACGCUACCAUGUUCAAGGACCUGUUCUCCUACAUUACCCAGCCUAAUAGCAAGACGUGCGGCAGAGUCUUGAGGUUCGGGGGAAUGGCGCUGAUGAUGCGUGGCAUGCCGCCGAUAGAGGAUGGCCACAAAUACGUCUGCGUAGAUGACGAGUUCAGCAUCCUGCGCACCGACUCGUGCUUGGUGUACUCGUUCGGCGUCAGCGAUGACUGGUCGUUCGACUGGGACAUGGAGUCGUUCGGCUGUAUGGUUUACUCGUUCGACCCGUCCAUCAACACCACCACCGGCUACCAGAACGGCUCCAUCAUCUUCCUGCAGUACGGCGUCGGCGAUCGCGACUACAGCGCCGAACAUGAAUGGGAGAUCCGCACGCUUGACACCUUCGUGGAGCGGCUGAAGCACGCUGGCCGCACCAUCCAGUACCUUAAGAUGGACGUGGAGAACGCUGAGUGGCAGGUGCUCCGGCAGCAGGUGAAACGCGGGCGCGACUCGACGCUCUUCAAGAACGUGGAGCAGCUGGGAAUUGAGCUGCACUUCUUCCGCAAUCCGGCGACGCUGGAAAACGCUGCAUUCUACCGGGAGGUUUACGCGUCGUUCCUGGGCCUACAACAGAUGGGCUUCUACUUGUUCUCGUACGAGCCGAACCUCUCGGAGGAGCCACACACCCGCAUUCCGGGCAUGGAUGGGAAAUGGCCUCGGGCGAUGGAGGUGGUGUGGUUGAAGACCAAGUGUGUCAAUCGACCGUCGGGUCUCGAGGGCACGUGAGAUGUCGUGAGGGCCCGGAUGUAGGCAUUCACACACGUCACUGACGGAAGAGCAUCACAUUUGCCGUGGCUCCGUUGCUGGUAGAAGGCUGCAACGGGAUUACGAUGACCACUGUCGUCGCAGGCAGGCCUUUGACCCCCUGCACACCAUGUUAUGCUGAUGGCUUACGGGCUGAUGUCAGCCCCAGCAAAAGGAACGACCGAAUCCUUCAGGCUGUGCCCCCCUGCGCUGGCUUGGAAAUAGACUUGGUUGUCCGUAUCUCGACUCGGCGGCAUAUACUGUCCUGUUGGCAUUGGCCAUGUUUCAGGGAAACUGAUCCACUUGUUGGUCAAGUGGGUAAUAUGCAUAUGUGUGUUUAUAGGUGUAUGCAUGCGUGUACCCGUUUGUUUCAAAGGAGAAAUUUCAUCACAUCAUUCCAGGCUCAUUAACGGAUAUCUUUGGAGACUUUAUUUUAAAUAGUUUGCAGGAGUGAUUUUCGUUGCAGAACACUUAUGUUGCGAGCAUCUUGAGCUUGAGUUGUGCCAUUUGGGUUCACCAAAUACGUUCGCCUUUUGCCGUGCUACAAAACUACCGAGUGUUACAUGUUGUGCAACGCCACAAGACGGCUUCAGGGACACGUGCUUCGCGGUCAUAUGUUUGAGAUACGAACGAAAUGAAAGGCAAGCAUAACUAGCAUUCAGCACUUGUGGUGUGUGCGGCACACCGAGAACAUAUGGAGAAUAAGCGUUCCGCGGUGUGUUGUUUGCUCGCCGUUGGGCUCCGAGCCGAAAAAUGUACGAAUACAGCUAAACUGGUA